CAAGUCCCACAAUGUUCCGGGCGGCGGCGGAGGUGGCGACGAGGAAGGGGGGGGUGUCUUCAGGUGUCUGCGACCUCCGCGCCUCCCGCCCGGAAGUGCCCCAGGGUCCGCUAUGGAGCUGGCUGAGCCAGGCGCUCGGUAGCGCAGCGGGCAAGGCAGGUGCCAUGGCCCUGAUUGAAGGGGUAGGUGAUGAGGUGACCAUUCUUUUCGCGGUGCUUGCCUGCCUUCUGGUGCUGGCUCUCGCCUGGGUCUCAACGCACACUGCCGAGGGCUCCGAUUCACUGCCUCAGCCGUCGGGGGCCCCAACACCAACACAGCCCAGCGAAGCCAUGGCGGUCACCGACAGCAUCAGAGGGGAGGCCCCAGGAGCUGAGACCCCCAGCCUGAGACACAGAAGUCAGGCUGCACAGCCAGAGCCUGGCAUGGGUCUCCCAGCAACACCGCCACCCCAAGACUCGCCCCAGGAGCCCCUAGUGCUACGGCUGAAAUUCCUCAACGAUUCAGAGCAGGUGGCCAGGGCCUGGCCCCACGACACCAUUGGCUCCCUGAAAAGGACCCAGUUUCCCGGCCGGGAACAGCAUGUGCGACUCAUUUACCAAGGGCAGCUGCUAGGAGACGACACCCAGACCCUGGGCAGCCUUCACCUCCCCCCCAACUGUGUUCUCCACUGCCACGUGUCCACACGGGUGGGCCCCCCACACCCACCCUGCCCACCGGGGUCAGAGCCAGGCCCCUCCGGGCUGGAAGUAGGCAGCCUGCUGCUGCCCCUGCUGCUCCUGCUGCUCCUGCUGCUCUGGUACUGCCAGAUCCAGUAUCGGCCCUUCUUUCCCCUGACGGCCACUCUGGGUCUGGCCGGCUUCACCCUGCUCCUCAGUCUCCUCGCCUUUGCCAUGUACCGCCCGUAGUGCCUCCACGGGCUCUUGGCAGCGUUGCUGGCCCCUCCGGACCUUGCUCCCCACGACAUGGUGGGAGCUGCUGUCUGCCCAGGCCUGCCUCUCCGACCUGCCUCUUCCCACUACCCUGGAGCCCAGCUCUACGUCGCAGAGCACUCGAGGAGCCAGCGGAGACCCCUCCCUGUGACCUCCAUGGCUCUGGGCCACCUGCCAGGGCUGCAGGCCCUCAGCCCCCAUUGACAGUUGGCUCCCCCGGGUCAGACAGUUGCUGUCGCUGCCUUGGGCCUGGGCAGAGUCGGGCCACGCCCCUGGGCCCUUCUUAGUGUUCUGCCUGAGGACCCAGCCACCUCUAGUCCCUGAUAGCUCCUUGGGCUGAUUUAGGGACCCAAAGACUGUGAGGGGCUGGAAAAAGGGAGUGGGGGAUGGGGGUUGGGGGGUGGUCCUCUGGAACACGUGCAGAUUAAAUAACUGUGAAGUUUUCA